UGAGUCAAGCUUCUACUUCGUAUCAGGAGGAGUCUUUGGAAUCAAAGAUCAACAGAAUCAGCGAGAUGGUGGGAGAUAAUUUAAGGAUCAUGAACGAUCGUUUGUGUUUGAUUGAAAAAGACAGGAAACAGAUUAAAGAACGUGUGACAAACCUAGAGAAACUACAAAGAGUUACUUCAUAUGAAACUCCAAACAAUGAGGUAACUUUUUUUUCGGAAAUUAAAAUUAAUGUUUAUCUAGUUCUUGAUUCAGUUUUGAGUUGUCAAGUAAUUUUGGAAGAUGUUAUACAUAUUUAGGCUUGCCUUCCUAAUUUUUGUUGUACUUGCACAGACUGACACAACUCCAUUUCAUGAGACGGCUUCCAGACAAGGUGAAGCCAAUGCAGAUCAAGCAGAUGAACAACUUAACAAUGAGGCAAGUAUAAUUUUGAAAACUGUUGGUAUUUAUAAAAUUAUGAAUUUGGUACGUGUUCAUAAUCCCAUUCCUGACAUCAGGAUACACGAGAGCCUAUGAAUGAGAUCACGAAAGAGACACCUGGUUCUCCAAUAGCUCAACAGAAUAUUGAGACUCCAGUCCUUACUCCAAUUCAGACGCAGCAGGAGACUCACGAGCUUAUGAAUGAGAUCAUUUCACCAAACAUUUCCGACACACAGCCAAAUACCCGAGCUCGCAGAAAUCUUUUAACAGAGCAAAAUAAGGAUGUAGAAAGCAGAGUUCAAAAUCCCUUUGAGAUCGGAGCAAAUGUGGAGAUUUCAUCACAAGAUGACAAUACUUGUCAUAAAUGGUAUCCAGGAAAUGUGUUGGCAACAUAUUUGGUUGAUGGGGUUGAGAUGGUGAAAGUUGAGUACUUCGUCCCGUCUCUGGACGAAAAGAAGAGGAAAAGGAGUGUUGAGACACGUGUAUCAAUUGACAGAAUACGUCCUCAACCACCACCUGAGAGAUCUGGAGCGAAGAAAAGUUAUGAGCUAAUGCAGGACGUGGAGGCGUUCGACAAUGGUGCCUGGUGCGCUGGAAAAGUUAAAGUCAUUUUGUUUGAUGGCUCGUGUUUUGUCUCUUUGAACAAUUCUAAAGAACAAAUUUACUUCCACCAUUCUGAGAUGCGAAAACCAAGAAAAUGGGUAGAUGGUGUUUGGGAGAUGACAAAAAAGAUGGAAGAAGAGCAGACGCAGAGUGUGAAUCCAAGUGAAGGAGAUGGUGAUAAAAAGGGGAAGGCGAAGGCUGUCGCUUGUAAGAAAAAUGAAGCAGCUGGUCCAUCAGAAGAUGGUGUUGGGAAAAUGGCAAAAGAGAUGGAAGUAAAGCAGGGUAAGAGUGUGAAACCAAGUCAAGACGAUCAUGCAAAAAAGGGGAAGCCACAUGUUGGUAAGAAGAAGAAAGCAAAUGCUCAGCCAGUAGAUUUGCUUCCUUUUCUACAGCGAGAAGAGAAGAGGCCAAUACGACCUAGAAACCCUCCUAUACCUGUAACACCUGAGGUAAUCCUUCCAAUUGAUCCAUUUGUGACACCUGAAUUUCCUCGGUUUUCAAGGCUUGCACACUGGAUGGAUCUACGGGGCAUAUAUCGUGUACCGUUUUAUAUCAAUGGAAAAGAAAUUGAAAAAGAGUUCUUUCAAAAAAUGGACGAUGCAGAAAACAAUCUCAACAAAGAGCACAUAAAUGUUGCAUUUGAAAUGCUAAAUUGUAAGAGGGUUGAGCAAGGUGCUUGGUUCCGCAACAACAAUCUUCCAGCAGCAUGCUUUGUACCAGUCAAAUUCUUAGAAGUGGUUGGGUACGCUUAUGAAUCUGUCAGGAAGCCACAUAAGAAAAAAAAAAGUUAUUGGAGGGCUGUGUAGGCGAACUUGUGAAAGGUUUAAUACAUCCAAAGAAGGUAUGGCUGGAAGAUGUUGAUGUUAUAUAUGGUGUCAUUGAAGAUAAGUUGAGCUGUCACUAUAUUGGGGUGGAGAUACAAUUGAUGGACAACACAAUCACACUCUUCCAUUGUGGUCUUCCAAAAGCAAAUAUCAAACGUGCUCUUAAUCAAAUCCAAGAACUGGCAGGUAAAAAUAUUAGCUAAUUUAGAAAAUAAAAGUUUGUCACUUGCUGCUUGUGAUUGUGAUGCAUUUUUACAUAUUCAUUUUGUUGUCUGUUGGUGAUUGAUUUAUUGUAUAAUUUUGGGUAUUUAUGACAGUGUUGAUUAGUGCCAUAAAGAUGGAACUUCUUGGUGAAGAGGUUAAUUUCGAAGAUAUCAGUCCAUUUGAAGUUAAGUUUGCAGAAGGGCUUCCAAAGACAAAAUUUCCAUACAACUGUGGUAUUUUUGUUGUGAAGAUGCUGGAAUGCAGGUCACUGGGAUUGAAGAGCAUGGCUAAUAUAAAUGAUGAAACUGCGAUGGACUUACGAAGCAAGCUAUGUUGUGAGAUCUUCGACCAGUUUAUGGAUAAAGAUUUCCAGGAAGGUCAAAGGAAGUGAAAAUGUCAUAUUUGUUCUGUUUUCUACACUGUUUUUCUACUUUGAUAUUAAUUAUCCCUAACGUUUAAGUUUAAGUUUGUAAUGAAUUAUCCCUAACGUUUUUUUCAUUUAGAUUGUUAUUGAAAAAUUUUUUAGGAUGUAUUGAUGAAUUGUCAAAUGCUUAUGGUACUUUUAGGAUGGGUUUCCAGAAAAAGAGUGAGAAAGCAAAAUGCACCAAAGCCUAGCAUAUUCCUUUAAAGUUUACAAAAAAAAUGAAAAAGAAAGUGAUCCGAUGUUGAUUGAACUCGUGAACUCUCGAAAGAUGAAUCAAAGUGUGCAGCCGCUGUGCCAAGGGUGUUAUACUUGCCAAAAGAUAUAAUAAAACGAUAAUAACUUGUAACUUUUGAAUAUUUAAUUAAAAACAGAAAAAAGUGAAAAUAUACACAACGGGAAUCGAACACGGCUUAUUGUGUGAUAAGGGUACACUAAGAGUAGAAGGGCUUGCCACUAGGCUACGUUGGAUAUUCGAUAACAGAGUAAAUGUGAACUCAUUUAUUCACAGACGAUAGAUUUAUAUAAUCUGGAUAUCAUUUUAUGUAUUCAGGAUGGCUUUCCAAAAACAAAU